GAAGAGGAAAAGCCAUUUAUUCGCUACUUCUCUGGGCAAAGUCAGCCUGUAAUUUUUAAUAAAGUCUUUGCUGUUAUAUGUGGAGGGGAAACCAGCCUAUAAUGAAAGUAGCUUUUCAGCCAUGUCUAUGGCGUUGCUCGACUGUAGAACAAAUGCUCGGAAACACAUUCCGUUUCUUCUCUUUGUGGGAAGCUUUAAGCUGCGUGAUAGUUUUCUAAUUUCCCUCCCUCCCCAGCACCUCUCCUUGCUUUCAGCAUGUGUUGCUCCCGGCUCCGAGGAGUGAAUUUGAAUGCCUCCCCUGCUUCUUUCAGAGAUGGCGGAUUCCUAUACCUGUAAAGGUGGAAGGAAAACUGCAGGCUCUAACAAACCCGCUGCCAGCAAAGAAAGCAGGACAGAGACAAGGAUAAACGCACCGGCAGAGCUGCCCAAGCUUGGAAAUGCAACCAGUGACAAAACCGAAGGCAGGAAGAAAGGGCGACCCAAGGCUGAGAACCAGGCUCUGAAAGACAUCCCCCUCCCCCUGAUGAACCAGUGGAAGGAUGAAUUCAAAGCCCACUCGAGGGUGAAAUGUCCCAAUUCAGGCUGCUGGCUGGAGUUCCCCAGCAUUUAUGGCUUGAAGUACCACUAUCAGCGCUGCCAAGGGGGUGCUAUCUCAGAGAAGCUGACGUAUUCAUGCUCUUACUGUGAAGCUGCCUUCACCUCCAAAACCCAGCUAGAAAAGCAUCGGCUCUGGAAUCACUUGGACCGGCCAGUGCCAACCAGCAAAGCAGAAAACAAAGUGCCGAAGGCCAUUGGGAAGAGCAGUGGCAAGAAAAGAGCUGCUGAGAGUUCAGCUUGCCCCACCAUCCAUCCCAAACAGGCAAAGACGGAAAAAGCCGUGGCCCAGGACCACACCGAGAAUGGCGAGUGCCUGGUGGAGAGCCGGGAGAGCAAGGAGUUUCAGAUCGCAGCAGCUGAGGCAAUGGCAGCCGCCACCCCCACGGCGAAGUCCUCGAGCGGCAAGGAUGCCGUGCAGCAGGGGGGCAGCCAGGCCUCGGUGCAGGAGGAAGACCCCGAGAGGAUGAAGCACAGAAGGAAACAGAAAACUCCUAAGAAAUUUACGGGGGAGCAGCCAUCCAUCUCGGGGACAUUUGGACUGAAAGGUCUCGUCAAAGCAGAGGACAAGGCGAAAGCCCAUCGAGCUAAGAAGCUGGAGGGGAACACCAACACAGAGGAGCUGAAAAAGAAACCUCCAGGAGCUGGUGUGAAGAAGGAAACGGCUGUGCAUCUACCAGCAGCAAACCCCGAGGACCAGUGGCAGCGGGAGAUCAGCGAGAAGGGAGAAGUCGCCUGUCCAACCUGCAGUGUUAUAACCAGGAAAACUAUUGUGGGCCUCAAAAAGCACAUGGAUGUCUGCCAGAAACUGCAGGACGCCUUGAAGUGUCAGCACUGCAAAAAGCAGUUCAAGUCCAAAGCUGGGCUGAAUUACCACACCAUGGCUGAACACGUCAGCAAGCCUGUUCCUGUGGAAACCGCUGGACUUGGUGAACAGGAAGAGCGGGAAAGGCUGAGGAAAGUGCUAAAGCAGAUGGGAAAACUGAAAUGCCCCAAUGAGGGCUGCGUAGCCAACUUCUCCAGCCUGAUGGGCUACCAGUACCACCAGAAGCGGUGUGGGAAGCAGCUCGCUGAGGCUGACAAGCCUGUCUUCAGCUGUCCACACUGCGGCAAGAAGUACAAAUCCAAGGCCGGCCAUGACUACCAUGUGCGGUCAGAACACACGGCCUCGGUGAGCCCCCCGGACGCCUCCGCAGCCCGAGGAGCGGGGCCAUCCCCCCCUGGGGGUGACUGCAGAGCUACAGAGCCUGUGGGCAGGACAGAGCCGGGCAGGGCCGGGCCGGGCAAGCCUCCGGAGGAGCCAGAGGUGAAGCCGGAGCCCGGCCCCAUAGAAGAUUUUGAAAGGACCCCGAGUGGCCGCAUCCGUCGGACGUCAGCCCAAGUAGCUGUCUUCCACCUUCAGGAGAUAGCGGAGGACGAACUCGCCAAGGAUUGGACCAAGCGGAGGAUGAAGGACGACCUGGUGCCUGAAACGAAGCGGCUCAAUUACACCCGACCGGGGCUUCCAAAGCUCAAUCCAAGGCUGCUGGAAAACUGGAAGAACGAAGUGAAGGAGAAGGGCCGCAUCAACUGUCCCAACAACUGCUGUGAAGCCAUUUACUCCAGCGUCUCGGGGCUGAAAGCUCACCUGGCCAACUGCAACAAGGGGGACCAUUCGGUGGGCAAGUACCGCUGCCUCCUGUGCCAGAAGGAGUUCAGCUCUGAGAGCGGAGUCAAGUACCACAUCAUCAAGGCUCAUUCGGAGAACUGGUUCCGAACCUCCGCAGAGGCCAGCCGGAAAAAGAAAAGCAGGGAACAGCUUUCUUCCAGCAAAGAGGAGAAAAAGAAAAGCACAAGCGGGAAGAAAAGGGGGAGGAAACCCAAGGAGAGGCCUCCCGAAAUGUCCCCGAAGGGCAGAGAAAGCGUGGCAGCAAAGACUAAUCACAAGAAAACCCUCGAGCACUGGGAAGGCUCCCGAGGCAGCCCCGACGGGGACGAGCGUGUCCCCAAGCCCCCAAGCCAGCGGAAGGGGGGAGCCAGUAAGAUGCCCGAGAAAUGAGCAGCUCAGAGACUCGUCUCCGAGGAUUUGUUUACAGCCCAGGGUAACAGGGUGGGGGUCUCUCCCGGUUUUCUGUCCCCCUCAUCCCACCUCCCCCCCCACCCUCCACUCACCCCCUUUUUACAAAAAAAAAAAAAAGAAAAAAAAAAGAGACAGAAAAUACCAAUUAACCACUUUAAACAAGUCACGGACCUUGUUUCACACUGGAAAACAAAGAGGAUCAAGGAAGCUGGACCGUUCUCCACCCCCUGCCCAUGUACAUACCCCCCUGCCUGACGGGACCCUGCUGCCUUCCCCCUCCUCCCAUGACUUCCCUUUUUACUCCCUGCACCAAACUGGUGACGCUUGAGCGAAAGAAAAGUGCAAUAGCAGCAGGGUCCCCUUGGAC